AUGCAGCCCAAAGAAGUUGACAACGAUUUCACUUUAAUCCUUAAACACGGCAAAGAGAUGAAAGUAAGUAGAAAUGAAAUUGCGGCUUCAAGCGAUUUCUUUUCUACCCUUCUCAACAGCGACAUGAGGGAGAACAAAGAAGGAAUUGUUCUGUUACAGCACAUCACAGAAGCAUGUAUGAGAGAUGUGUUAAAGUUUGUACGAUCUGGUAGUGUUGAAAUAACUACUCCAGAGAAUGCGAAAGAGCUGAUCGAGGCAGCGGAAUAUUUACUUCUCGACAGUUUGAAAACAUUCUCUGAAAAAUAUUUAGUGCAGGAAACAUUAACAUCUUCAAAUUGUAUGUCAAUUUAUUAUUUUGCUGAGCAAUAUCGAUGCCAAGAGCUGACAAUAAAGACUAGGCAAUUUAUCCUAUCAAACUUUACCGCUGUGACUGAAUCUCAAGAUUUUCUUUGUUUGGAUAACCAGCAAGUGGUGGAGUGGAUUUGCAGGGAUGACGUAGCUGUUAGUACAGAAGAUGUCAUAUUCAAGGCCAUAGUAAGGUGGAUUCAACAUAGCAAAAGCGAGCGGAAAGGGAAGUUCGAAGAAUUAUUUGGAUACGUGAGAUUGUUCUUUAUAUCGCGUGACUAUUUGCUCAGUGAUGUUCUAGCCAAUGAUCUCGUGUCAGGGUGCUCAAACUGUUUGAAGCUUGCAAAAGACGCUGCAGAAGGGAAAUGUUCUUUCCAGUCACCCAGGAAUUGGACUGAUACACACCUAGUCGUUUACAUGGGCAAGGAGACCUAUUGUUAUGAACCUGACGGAGACAAGUGGUAUAAGUUAGAGGACACGCAUUUGACAUACACAAACACAAAUCCUUACAAAAUGUGCCCUUUUCAAGGAAAGCUGUAUGUUUUCCCAAGUUCGCCGAACGUCUGUCAUAAAAGAGCAGAAAUGUUUGACCCAUCUUUGAAUGGCUGGACUACGUUUGACUAUCAGACUGGGCAGGCUUCCAGACAGACUUUCGGUUUAGCAGUUGUAAGGGGGCAACUGUUUGCUGUUUAUGAUGAUCCUUCUGAAUGGGUCCGUGCCAGGAGAAAUAGGCUCCUUCCACGGCGUCUACAGGAAAGGCCGUCAUUUUACUUAUCCAAGUAUAACUUUGAGUCAAACACAUGGACCGAUGUUCAUUGCUUUGGAAGUAAGCCAGUGGCUACCACGGGUGCCUGUAUAAUCGCCAUGGACAGAUACCUGUACGUUAUUGGUGGUUUGAUGCUUACUGACUUUGAGACUAUAUCAUCACCUUAUAGACUAGACACUAUGACUCUACACUCAGGAAUAGGGGAUGGCGGGAAUCAGAGCUGGGAUCGUAUAACGGAGAUGAAAGUGCCAAGAUGGGCAGCCUGUGGCACUGCUGCACAUGGGAAGAUUUUUAUCGCUGGUGGAUCAGCGGAAGGAGGGUCUCCCAGUCUUGACACCUGUGAAGUGUACAACAUAGAAGCAGACGAAUGGCAGUUGAUAGCAAGUUUAAAUUCUCCUCGCUUUUCCGGCAGCAUGGUGUAUUUGAAGGGAAUUCUGUAUGUGGUAGGCGGACGUGGUCGAAACGUUAAUAAAAGAGUAAUGGCGGUUGAAAGUUACGACUUUGAGAAAAAGAAAUGGAAGGAGAGAACAAAGUUACCAAUCAACAAAACGUUUCCGGAGUGGAAAUAUGAUAGUUGCGCACUAAAUAUUCCAAGAAUACUCAUUAAUCCCAUCCCCAAAAGACAGCAAAGGUUACUAAGGCCCUUGUUGCUAAGGUCACGACAGAGUGCUUUUCGGUAGUCUUGUCUGCUGCGAGAACAAUCUCAGGGAGAGGAUGAGGACUAAAAAUAUGGAGCGCCAUAUUGUUGUUCCAAAACAAUACAUCGUUUUCACUGUCACGCAAGAAACAAAUAAAUUGCAAACCGUUCAGUGGAAGAGGCCAAGAAAAUGAAAUGUUAUAAAAGACUAAUAUAUAAACAAUUUGCCCACGUCUCAGGUCUUUGUGGCCCACUCAGGUAAAUUAAGGCAUGGGUCCCCAAUGAUUCAGUAAAAAAGUGAUGGGGGGUGGUCUAUCUCUGAGCACGUAAGCAGUAGAAAGAUGAGACUUUGCCAGAUACAUACAUGUGUGGUUUCUGUCAAUUAGGUCAUGUUCAAUUAUGCAAAAGUUGUCACGUGACUCCACACGGCCGGAAAACAAUAAAAAGUCUUUAAGUAAUGGUCCAGAUAAGAAGGAAAGGACCAAAACGCAGUGAACACGUCGGAAUGCAAAAAGGUGCUAACUUUACUAUUGUCUCUACUAAGGUUCUGAUUGGUUUAAACAUCAAAUUUUACGAAAUCUUCGCAAAGCAGCAUGUACAUCAAUCCUUUUUUUUUCUAUCCAACUUCCUUAUAACAAAAUCUCGUCUGAGUCUAAGUAACACAGAAAUCGUAUGUGCGGAUCAUGUAAAAUUGUGAACAUUUCUUUGCCAUUGUUUGCAACUCUUGUGAUUGGUCGAAAUGUUUUAACACAAAAAUACACCCUUUAAAAGUAGAGUUUAAAUACAUUUUCUUUCGUAAACAGCCUUUUGUAGAUUUAUGCACUCCCUGCGUAAAAAUGAAAACAUUUCUAUGUGAGGAAAGCGUAUUGCGCCACAACAAUAGAAAUUGCUUUCCUUCUUACCUGGAUCAUUACUUAAACAAAAAUGGCAACACUUUUUGUUGUGAGUUAUUAAACAGGACUGGUUUAGGACAAUGUGUAAAAAAAGCAUCUACAAGACUGUGCUUGGCCUUUUUUUAAUUUUUUACUGUUUUAGAAAAUAAACGGCUUUUUCAACUAGACCCAGUCCCCCAAAGCAAUUGUAUCCCAUCUUAACGCCUUCGAUUUUAAAUAUCUAAAAAAGGCCAAGCACAGAAGUGAUACAUUAAACGGCAUUAACGUUAUGCAACCGGUAAAAUAAUUGAAGAUCACACGAAAAAGUGUUGCCGUUUGAAGAACAAGCUUUUUCAGCCGAUAGAGGUCACGUGACCUAAUUUGCAUAAUUUUAAAGCUUAAAAUUGACACAAACUAAAAAUGUGGUUGGCUGGCAAAGUUUUAUGUCUCUUCAUCUAAAGCUCUUAGAUAUAGACCACCCCCUCACUUUUGAAGAGAGCAAAUUAAGGCAAAUUGAGGCCCAUGCCUUAAUUUACCUGAGCACAGUUUCUGAGUUAUUUGCUGAAACGUUUCACGCAACUUUGUCUGCUUUGUAUGGAGAUGCCAUAUUGGUGCACCGUUUUGGUGCACCAAUAUGGCCGCCGGAAAUCAACAAAAACAUCUGGAGUUCACUUUUUCUAUAAAAGUUCUUUCUUUCCACUCAAGAACUAGAAUACGUGCGCAUAAACAUAUCUUCUAAUACUUGAAAUGGUUAUACUGCUGAAAAUCAGGAGGAGAGACUUUUUUCCAACGAGACAGCAUUCCUAUGUUGGUGUCACGCACUGCGAAAACUCGGAAGUUCAAAUUGCUGUAUUUUCGAAAUGAAACAUGCUACGGGAAUGGAAACUUGUACAAAGAUUUAUUUUUUCUUUAUCUUCAACCUAGUGUAAAUAAGAAUUCGUAAAACCUCGCUAUUUUUACUUCACAAUUUAGUGACGUCACUGUGAAAGCCAUCUAUAAAACGGUGGCCAUGUUAGUUUUCCAAGCAUAUCCUAUUCCUGUGGGAGUUCAGAAGCCGGGGAGUUGAAAUCUUUUCUUUAAUAUGCAAACACGUUUUACAGUUCCAAUAAAUUUGCACUUAGCCUGAGAAAACAGCCGACAUGUCGCGAAAUUUCAUACUGAUAACUCGUUACUACCCAGAUCUGGGUAGUUCUUCUAAUUGGUCCGUGCUGCGAAGGGAAUUUGCUUCAACCAAUCGAAAGCACUACCCAGAUCUGGGUAUUGAUACGUCAUCAGUAUGAAAUGUCAGCAGUCGUUUCUCAGACUUCACUUCACGGGGAAACCAGUGUUGCGUCGCAAAAUGUUGGCUGUUUUGUCAGGCUAAUUUGCACCGAGAUGCUGUCCACGUGAGGGAAAACUCUGUAUGAGAAGCAACAAGCGCUAGUCAAGGGCACGAGUGUGCCACAUGAAAAUGGGACCUCCUCUCUUUCCCCAGUCAUUGCGCGUUUUUUGCAUCACCUUUUACUGCACCACUGCACUGCACUUAAAACUUAUCUUGUAACAGAGGCCAGUGUUUCGGUAGUAAGGAGACUGACUCGUUCCCUGUCAUCUGUAUUUGGAUUUCUCUCUUUUCUCUUUCCCGUCACCCCUUGCGACCCCCUUGACUGCGUUGACUCUCGUUGAUAAAAUAGAAGAGCUUCCUGGAGGCUGAGAGACGACUGGGGACGAGUCAGGUUAGGAAGUACUUUUGCAAUCUCGUCCCCAGGGCGCUUUUCCCUGGCUUUGUAGAACCAGGGAAAAGCGCCCUGGGGACGAGGUUGAUACUUUUGUUGGCGAGGGUCACGGAGGAGUAUUAUGUGUGAUCAUUUUCUCAAUUCUUAUAACCUUGUUUAUUGGAACUACUUUUAUAUUGGACCGAGGAGAAAAUGAUUACUUCCUACUCGGACGACUUGUGAAAAUACGUUCGUGCCUAUGUUACAUUUUAAAAAAGCAACAUUGAAAUCUUUUCUUGAGAUGUAUGUAAAUAAAUUAAUUUUGAAUUUUAUAAUCAUGAUUCAAAUUAUUUCUAAACUGUAAUUGGCUGUGAUAUCGCAUUUUUCUCAUUAUCGUCACUUCUAGCUUCUAUAUGUCUGUACGCAUUUGUAUACAGUCGAACCUCUCUAAUACGGACACCCAAGGGACAGAGCGAAGUGUCCGUAUUAGAGAGGUGUCCGUAUAAAAGAGGUCACUACGAUGACGUCACUUUUAUGACUCCACUUACAGUUUUAAGUGUUCAGUAGCUAAAACCAGGCUUACACUCGUGUUUAAACUGCAUUUAAGUUUAUUAAUUCACAGUACAAAGACACUGUCUUUCAAUAACAUACAACAUUGUACAUAUCAGCUACGUACGUACAGUCGUAGAAAAAUCACUGUAUCAAAAGGAAACGAGCUACAGCGCAAUGCUGCAUGGAAAAAGUUGUAACGUAAAGCACAUCUUUGAAAGCGUCUUGCGCUAUUUUGCAAGUGCAGUAAACAGUAAGUAGAGUGCAAAAUGUAAUAGAAAAGGUCUUUAUGCUAUCUGCAGUUAUUCAAGCCUUAAAACAGUCGGUUAUGUUCCUCUGUACACCUUUUGCAAAUCGUCGUUUAAAAAAAAAGCGACGAGCUUCUGAAGUCACCUUGCAUGGCUCAUCAGCCAGACGGGAUUCACCCUGUACAGAUUCACAUGAUCUUGAUUCGGCAUUCACCUGAUAACCGCAGUGUCCGUAAUAAAGAGGUUAAGCUUAUAUGAAUUUACUUUCUGGGCCGAGAUUUAGUGUCCGUUGUCCGUAUUAGAAAAAGUCCGUAUUAUAGAGUUUCUUGUAAAGAAAAUAUAUGAGAAUUUUGUCGGAACAUUGGAAAGUGUCCGUAAUAUAGAGGUGUCCGUACCGAGAGGUUCGACUGUAUUUGAACUUCGCCGCCAUUUUACAGUGAGGACUUAGGAACUAGGAUAAAUCGUUAAGCCCCGAUAUCCAUGCCACUUACAAAUUCUCCAAACUCAUCUCCAUACAUUUCCUUAAAUAAUUAGUUAAGAGAAUUUGAUAGCAGAUCAAAGCAUUUUCUCUUUAGUGGUCACUAUAUGAUCUCUCAUAACCAUUUUUCUUGGCAACAUAUGGAUAUUGUCAGGAGAAAAUUGAUAUUGGUCACUAUUGGGACUUAAAGGGUUAAAGCUUAGAAUGGAUCGUUACUCCUUUUUUGCCUCUAGCAAGUCUCCAGACUGCAAGCAUUCUCUUAGUUAUCUUUAAAGUCCGUGGAGUGGCACCCGGGGGAGGGGGGGGAACUCCUAUUUAAAAGCUUCUCGGAAAUUUAAGAUUAAAUCCCUAUGUGACCAUUUGACUAAAACAGAGAUCACGGCAUUUUUUUAUGGAAACCCUAAGCAAUACCUGAAUGGGCAAAUAUAGGUUGAGUAUUAGGAACAUAAAUUAUUUCAAUGAAAAGCUUUUAUUGGAAAUUAGUUAAUGAAUCCGUGGAUUUGUUCUCAUGAAUUUUCUUUACAGGCAACCAAGUCAAGAAAGAUAAUAUUAAAAACUGUGUAUGUCCUGAAAUUAGCUUGACUUCCCAGCUGAGCAGAAAUCACGGUAUUUUGAACACUGAUUCCUUCCUCAAAAUGACGAUCGACCGUGGAAAAAAAGCCUUUCCACCACAACGAAAGGUUUCCUUACUUCCACAUUCAGUAUGCGUGAGAAAAUUAGUUACUGCUUUUGCAUCAUACAGGCCGAUGACUAAUUAAAAAAAUUAGCCAGCGCCAUGAGAUGGUACCGUUACUUAAAUUCAGGACUGGCCAUGCACCGUUUGUUCUUUUGUAUCCGUUCUCAGUUUUUGAAGAUCUACAUGCAAAGAGAUUCUUUCACCCCGUUAGGAUAGUGACUUAAUUUCGAACUAAAUCGUGUGUACGUCAUAGAGCCGUCAGUCAUGGUUGUGGUUUGACGAAUGACGCACACAGUCGCUUCCACUUUACACUGCUCGCACUUUGCAGCACGCCGCAAAAGUCGCCUUUAUUGGAAACUUAAUGUUUCAAACGUUCGUGCAAACAUGCAGCCGAAACAAGGUGACAAAGAUUUCACUUUAAUCCUAAAACACGACAAGGAGAUGAGAGUAAGUAGAAAUGAAAUUGCGGCUUCAAGCGAUUUCUUUUCUACUCUUCUCAACAGCGAAAUGAGGGAGAACAAGGAAGGAAUUGUUCGGUUAGAGCACAUCACAGAGGCAUGUAUGAGAGAUGUGUUAGAGUUUAUACGAUCUGGUAGUGUUGAAAUAACCGCUCCAGAGAAUGCGAAAGAGCUGAUCGGGGCAGCGGAAUAUUUACUUCUUGACAGAUUGAAAACAUUCUCUGAAAAAAAUCUAGUGCAGGAAACAUUAACAUCUUCAAAUUGUAUGUCAAUUUAUUAUUUUGCUGAGCAAUAUCGAUGCCAAGAGCUGACAAUGAAGACUAGGCAAUUUAUCCUAUCAAACUUUGCCGCUGUGACUGAAUCCCAAGAUUUUCUUUGUUUGGAUAACCAGCAAGUGGUGGAGUGGAUUUGCAGGGAUGACGUAGCUGUUAGUACAGAAGAUGUCAUAUUCAAGGCCAUAGUAAGGUGGAUUCAACAUAGCAAAAGCGAGCGGAAAGGGAAGUUCGAAGAAUUAUUUCGACACGUCAGAUUGUCCUUUAUAUCGCGUGACUAUUUGCUGAGUGAUGUUCUAGCCAAUGAUCUCGUGUCAGGGUGCUCAAACUGUUUGAAGCUUGCCAAAGACGCUGCAGAAGGAAAAUGUUCUUUCCAGUCACCCAGGAAUUGGAUUGAUACACACCUAGUCGUUUACAUGGGCAAGGAGACCUAUUGUUAUGAACCUGACGGAGACAAGUGGUAUAAGUUAGCGGACACGCAUUGGACAUACACAAACACAAAUCCUUACAAAAUGUGCUCUUUUCAAGAAAAGCUGUAUGUUUUCCCAAGUUCGCCGAAUGUCUGUUAUAAAACAGCAGAAAUGUUCGACCCAUCUUUGAAUGGCUGGACUACGUUUGACUAUCAGACUGGACAGGCUUCCAGACAGACUUUCGGUUUAGCAGUGGUAAGGGGGCAACUGUUUGCUGUUCAUGAUGAUCCUUCUGAAUGGUACCGUACCAGCAGAAAUACGCUCCUUCGACGGUGUCUACAGCCGUCAUUUUAUUUAUCCAAGUAUAAUUUUAAGUCAAACACAUGGAUCGAUGUUGAUUGCUAUGGAAGUAAACCAGUGGCUGCCAGAGAUCCCUGUAUAAUCGCCAUGGACAGAUACCUGUACGUUAUUGGUGGUGUAAUGCUUACUGACUUUGAGACUAUAUCAUCACCUUAUAGACUAGACACUAUGACUCUACACUCAGGAAUAGGGGAUGGCGGGAAUCAGAGCUGGGAUCGUAUAACGGAGAUGAAAGUGCCAAGAUGGGCAGCCUGUGGCACUGCUGCACAUGGGAAGAUUUUUAUCGCUGGUGGA